AUGAUAGUUUUCAUUUUCUUCGCUGUGGGGCUAUGCUUGGACAAUGAGUCCACUUCCCAAACCAUUGAUUGCACCUAUUUAAGAGAACUCUGCCUAAGUGAUGCAGAUGGAUGUAAACAUGCCUGGAGAAUAAUGGAAGAUGCCUGCAAUGUGUCAGAUCCAGGCAACCCCUGCCAGAUGAAGGAUUCAUCCAGCUGUAAUUUAAGUAUCCGGUCUUUAGCAGAAAGCAAUUUCCAAUUUAAAAAUUGUCUCUGCUCUGAUGACCUCUACUGUACCAUUAAGAAAUUGCUUGGAAAAAAAUGCAUCAACAAAUCAGAUAACAUGAAAGAGGAUAAUAAAUUCAAGUGGAAUCUAACUACUCUUUCCUAUCAUGGAGUCAGAGGGAUCAAGUCCUGUUUGGAAGUGGCGAAGGAGUGUGUGGCUGAUGUCCUCUGUAACACACAGUUGGCCCUUUACCUGAAAGCUUGCUCAGCAAAUGGAAACCUGUGUGAUGUGAAACACUGCCAAGCAGCCAUCCAGUUCUUCUAUCAAAAUAUGCCUUUUAACACUGCCCAGAUGUUGGCUUUUUGUGACUGUGCUCCCUCUGAUGUACCUUGUCAGCAGUCCAGAGAAGCUCUUCACAGCAAGCCAUGUGCAGUGAACAGAGUUCCAGCCCCAACUUGCCUCGAUAUAAUUCACAGCUGCCAAAAUGAUGAAUUAUGCAGGAGGCGCUAUAGAACAUUCCAGGCAAAGUGCUGGCAGCGUGUGAUAAGAAAGUGCCAUGAGGAUGAGACCUGCAUCAGCACCUUAAGCAAGCAAGACCUCACUUGCUCCGGAAGUAAUGACUGCAAAGCAGCUUACAUUGGUACCCUUGGGACAGUCCUUCAAGUGCAGUGCACAUGUAGGACCACUACCCAAAGUGAAGAAUCCUUGUGCAAGAUUUUCCAGCAUAUGCUUCAUAGAAAAUCAUGUUUCAAUUAUCUGACCCUGCAUAAUGUCAAAGGCAUUACAUUGCAUAAAGGAAAACAUGCAAAGGAAAUAACUCUCAGUGGACUUCAUUCCCCCUUCAGUGAAGUCAUCUAUGCUGUCAUGUGCAUGACAGUCAUCUGUGGAAUUCUUCUCUUGGUGAUGGUCAAACUGAGAACCUUCAGAAUAUCAAGUAAAACAAGAGACCCUUCACCAAUCCGAAUACCUGGAGGACUCAUGAUUCAUUGAGAGUCAUGAAUCAUUAAAAAU